AUGAAUUUGAAGCACCUCUCUAUCAACCAGCGCCACAAGAUGGAGAAACUUUCAUUUUCUGUCGGGAAAUUAGCAUCAUUGUCUGAGUUAGAUAUAUCCAAAACUAACAUUACAAGUUUACCCGAUUCCAUUGGCAAUGCAAAACACUUGUCAUCCCUUGAUCUGUCAUACACAUCAAUUAUGGAACUUCCAAUUUCUAUUGGAGAGCUUACGCAACUCGAGUUCCUUUCACUCCAUCGAUGCAUAGGGUUGAGGGAGCUUCCCGAAUCAAUAGGCAACUUGACAUCAUUACAAAAGUUGUAUAUCUCAGAGACAAGCAUUGUUGAGUUGCCCGAUUCGAUAAAAAAUCUCAAGCAAUUGAGGGUGAUGAGGAUGGAAAGGAGUUUGACAAGGAAGUUACCUGCCAGUAUUGGAAUGCUAGAGAGGUUGGAGGAGCUCAAUGCCCAAUUUUGUGAACUCCUUGCAGGCGAACUUCCAUCUGAAAUUGGUGGACUAUCGUCUCUACGUAUCCUAGAUAUAUCAUAUACUCAUGUUUGUGCAGUGCCGACGACAAUCAAUUCCCUCACGCAACUCCAACAGCUAGAUUUAACAUAUUGUAAUGAGCUUCAAGAGUUGCCAAAGCUUCCCUCGAGUUUGAACUGCCUACGUGUUCAAUCGACAUCAUUGCGAUUAGUUCCGAAUCUCGGUAAUCUCACAAAUCUAGUGGAAUUGUUUCUAGCUAACAGAUUGGGACGAGGACUUUCUUGGGUAUCAAUGCCGAUGCAAACUCGUCAAUUGCAAUGGGUUAAAAAGUUAUAUAAGCUGGGGAAGUUGAGCUGGGACCUUUUUUAUGUUCCUAUUCCAUUAACGGAUUUGGCUUGCCUAGCUCGGCUUAGAGAACUCACUUUAUAUGGCAUGGGCAGGUUCAACUCAGUAGUUGUUGGACCACAAUUUUCCAACUUGAAAAAUUUGUCCAGUUUGUGUCUUGAUCGCUCGCAACCGAGGGAAAUUCGACUCAAUGGGCUUGAACUAUUGAGAGAUUUGGCUGUGAGAAAGUGCAUGAUUCUCGAGGGAUUGUCGGUUAUUUCAUCAAGCUUGAGGAAGCUCCGUAAAAUGACAGUUUCAGGCUGCCCAAAGCUACUCGAAAUUCGAUUUCUCGGUGCGAUGGAAUCAUUGGAGAGACUUGAUGUUGAAAGGUGCCAUUCCCUAGGAGGGUUGUAUGGUUUAUCAAACGCGAUAAAGCUGAAGGCUUUAUGUUUCUUCUGGUACACUGGGCUACCGGUUGUCGAGGGGCUCGAAGAAUUGGAGCUUUUGAAUAACUUGAAACUUGAAUCGUGUGGAUCAUUGGAGAUGUUGACUAAUGUAUCCAACUCAAAGAUACCGAAUGAAUGCAAGAUAUAUGUAUCGGAUUGCGCGGAUUUACCGGAUACUAAGGGCCGUGAGUUCGAUUACGAGGAAUACAGAGAGAUGAUUUUUGGCGGGAUGAGGAAGACAUUCAACACGGAAGAUGUAAUUAAUGGAAGCAGAUGCAGAAGAAUCAAUGAUGGAGACCAACAACUGCUAUCCUCAGUAGCUAUAGGGUCUCCGGACUUUUGGCAUGAGCUCGGCUCUAGAAGUAAGUUGCUGCUGUUAGAAUGA